AUGUCAUCGUCAUCAAGUUCAUCACGUCAUCAAACAAAUCGUCCAGAUUAUGAUGAAAAAGAGUGUUUAUAUGAAAAUGUUCUUCAUAUAAAAUUUCUUCUACCUGGAACAACAACAGGAAGUGUUAUCGGAAAAGGUGGAGAAAGAAUCGCUUCAUUACAAAAAGAAACAAAUACAAAAAUGAAAAUGUCCAAAGCUGGAGAUUAUUUUCCUGGAACACAAGAACGUGUUUGUCUUGUCAUUGGAACAAUUUCAAAUGUUUUAUCUGUUUAUGAAUUUUUAUCUGAGAAAAUCAAAGAAACAUUUCCAGGUGAUGUAAUUCGUUCACGUCAAAUCAAAUUACUUAUUCCUAAUGCAACUGCUGGAGUUAUUAUUGGAAAAGGAGGAACAACUAUUGAAAAUAUAAAACAUGAUACAACAGCUUCACUCACAAUUACACCUAAAUCAGAUAUUUCAGAAAGAGUUAUGACAAUUACAGGUUGA